CAGUCACGUGACACUACCUAGAAACCAUAAACAAGAUGGCGAAGAAGGAAGCCUUGGUCAACGACUUGAAAGAUGAACGUGUCCCACCUGCUAUACAAUGGACAAAUGAUCAAGUAUCAGAUUGGAUAGAAGAGCUAGGAUUUCCCCAAUACAAGCCAUGUUUCACAACAAACAUGAUCGACGGAAGAAAACUAGUCGCAAUAGAAGCAUCUGCCUUCCCAAAUAUUGGUAUUACAGACUUUGAACAUAUAAAGAUAAUUGCAAAGAGUAUAAGAGACUUACUCCUGCUGGAGGAACCAGACUGGACAAGAAGUAUUUCCAUACCACCAAGAAGUGACUUGGGUAUGUAUCUGGAGAAGAAGAGUAAACGAGGGAAGAUCAUCAACAUGAUGACAUAUCAGCAGUUUCUGCUGGAACACAAGAACGCCAAGUGGCAGCCCCCCCUCUCCAACCACUGCCUGCUGCUGCCACACGACCCCCCUCCUGCGGAGAUCACGCAGUCAUAGCACCACCCACACCUGCCGUGAUUGACGGGAACCUACAGACAGCUGAGAUCCUGCGGCUACCUCCAUGGAUAACACUCAUAUCAGUUGCUUACUUCUGACUGACACCAAGUUCAGUUUUCCUAUCAAAGAAGUCUGGACAUGAAUUCUUAUACCAUAUAAACGUUUUCUGUAUUUAUUACAAUAUAGCCAUUACACUGGCAUCUGCCUUACUUCUUGACUUAUAUUUCACCCAGAUCAUGCCAGCUUCUGCAUUGGGAUCCCUCUGUGGUCAUCACUACUGAUUGUAAUAUAUAUUAGAAAAGGUACAGCAUUACUGACACCAGCUGACUAUGAAAUAGAUUACCAUAGAAAUAGGACGGAGUUCGAGAUGCACUCAAAGCAAUCAUGCUGCACCGAUAUUAAAACUAGUUUAAUUGUUUUUGGCCAAAUUAUUGUUCGUUUUUGUGAUAGAAUAAUCACCAUAUUUCAUGACCAUUCCAUUUUCAAAUUUAUAGCCUGACAAGUGUAUGCACAGUGAGCCCUAUAUGCUGUGCUAAUAACAGUGUUUCUCUCUACAUUCCAUGUUAACCCAUAUAACUGCUUCCACUGAAUUACCACAAAAUCUCAACUUUGUUUUCAUCAAUCCAUCCCAACAAACAAACCACUCCCUUCCUGUGGCUUCCUGGAACAGUUUACCUGGUACCAUCUACAUUAUCAGGGUGAUUAUUGUGUACGAAGAAUAUUGAUAUUGAAGUCUUUGGUGAGAAGUCUGCUCAUUGAAGAUCCUGAUGUUUUGAGAGUUUUAGAUGAAAGUAAAUAUUAAUGUUUUAACAGUUGCUGAAUGUAUAGUGUUGUUGUCAAUAAAGUUUUAUCUGAUGUGUCGAGUA